ACAAUAUCCUGGAGAGAGAGUUUGAAGAUCUUCCUGUAAAACAAAAAAAGAAGAAGAUGGGAAAGGAUGAUUUGCCUCCACUAGGAGGUAAACCACAUGGCAAAGAGAAGGUUCCAAAUCAGAUAAGGAAGGAUGCUGAUGCUGCUAGAAAAAACCCACCAGUUGAAGAUCAACAACAGCCACAAGAUGAUGGAGGGGAGUUUGGGGAUGGAAGCAAGGUGUCUCAAGACUGGAGAGAUACCCCAAACGCACUGCCCAAAGUCAUAAGACAGAAACUAGAGAUAUGCUGGGCCAUAGUUUUGGCACACAUGCUCCAAGCAAUUUUGAACAUAACGAAUACCAAAGAUUACGUGGAGUUCCUUUACGAUGAUUUGGUUGUGCAUCUGAAGUUGAAGAAGGAGACAAAGAAACAAGCUCAAUCAUCGUCCUUAACAAAAAAAAAAGCUAAAACUCUGAAACUUGCAAACCUUCAAAAAGCUGUCGACCAUAUAGCAGUUAACGGAUUGCUUAAAGAGAAGUGUUCGGGAUCUGCAAAGCCUGGGAGCAAGACUGGAUUUCAUGGAAAAUGGCAGUUUAAAAUUGAAACCUCACCUUCAGUUGAUUUCAUCAAGGACAAAGUCAACAUCUCUCCAGUUGCUAUAGCCUUUGAGGUAGAUGCCAACUUCAGUGCCCUUAAGCAGAAUAUCUACAAGGUAAGAGAGUCAACACAACCACUUCAACAUGGAGUAGUAGAAGGACAUGCAGUUCUCAUUGUUGGAUAUGGCUACACAAAAGAGAGGCAACUAUUCUUCUUGGUACAGAAUAGUUGGGGGGAAAGUUGGGGCGUGCAGGGCUUUGGGAGGAUAUUCAUAGAUGAGAGUUCCAGGACAACUCUUGUUUAUCCAGUAGUUUAGACACACUUUUAUUGUAUUUUGAGGGCAGUGUGAAACCUUAAUUUCGGAUGGUAACUUACUAGUACUAGUUCGUCCUUUUGUUCAUCAUUAGCUUUUCAUCCCAAUGUAAAAACUCCGUUUAUUACUAUUAUCGUUUAUCCAGACUCAUUAUCAUAUUUGAAGGGCUGUAGAACCACCUAAGUUUCGGAUUGUAAUUUACUACGUACUAGUCAAGAGGUUCAUCGUUGAACAAAAAAAAAAAGUAAAGAGGUUCAUCCUUAAGUUUGUUGGUCAUAUAUUGUUGGCCUUUCUCUUCAGUGUACACAUCGUUAAAGCAGACAUUAUGAUUUAUAUUAUAGACUUGAUUGAACAAGAUCACUAACAUGAGACUACGCACCAUUAACACAAUUUUAAACCAGAGUAUAAUAACUUAGCAUAAUUAUAAUAGACUGAUUG